AUGGACAAUCAAGCCGCCUGGAUCACAUCUCCCAAGUCUACUGUCGAGAUCGGACCGGCCCCGAAAUACAUACCGGACGCCGGACAGGUCCUGGUGCGGAUAGAGUCAAUUGGAUUCAAUCCCGUUGAGCCUAAAAUACAGAAAUGGUCUGCACUCCCAUUUCCCUAUCCCGGAAUUCUCGAGGUCUCGUUUGCGGGCAUUGUGGAGCAAGUCGGUCCUGGAGUGACCUCUAUCCAAAUUGGCGAUCGUGUGGUCGUGAGCAAAUCCCAUGGAGAUGACAACGAUCCCAGUUUCAGCGCUUAUCAGAAAUAUGCUCUCGCUCGCGAAACACGCAUUGCGAAGCUCGACCUGAGUAUGUCACUAGAUGAUGCAUCCGUCGCCAUCACCAACUCGGCCACCAUUGUCGCUGCCUUGACUAUAAAGAUGGGCUUGGCUCAACCGCCAAUCACGGGCAAAGCCGCACCAAAUGGUAAGAGAGUUCUCAUUUAUGGGGGAUCUUCAAGUUGUGGGCGGUAUGCCGUCAAGUACGCAUCGGAUGCUGGAUAUGCAGUGAUCACCACCUCGUCAGCUGGCCAUAGAGACAUUGUUCAGCAGCAUGGCCCAACCCAUAUCAUCGAUCAUACCUUGCCUCAGGAGCAGGUGGUCAAAAGCCUCAAGUCGCAUGGUCCGUAUGAUGCCGUCUUCGACGCGAUCGGUACCCCACCCGUGACUGCCAUCAUGGUAGCCAUGUUUGAAGACAAAAAUGCCUCUUACCACUCAACUUUACCACUAAUGGGUUCUCCUCAGACCCCUCCAAUUGUCGAAAGGUUUUUUGCGAGUUAUGCGUCGCUGUUCGAUGAGGACGAUAACCAGGAGAUCCGGCGAUGGUUCUUCGAGGAAUAUUUCCCAGAGGGCUUGCGCAACGGACGGAUCAUUCCGAGUAUUAUCAUCAAGAAAGAGCAUGGGCUUAAUAGUGUACAGGAAGUUCUUGAUGUCAUGUUGGACGUUCCUGGAAAGAAGUUCGUGGUCAACCCGCAAGAUGAGUAA